CACCUUCGAAGUAUUUCUAUUCAUUACGCGCCCCAAAUAUUAUAAAUUUUAAAUAUAAAAUUGCACUUUGAAUCAAUGGUCGUGUUUAACAAGGUGGACACCCUCAAAUGUAAACAACGUCACGUGACCAGGUCGAUGUGUGAAACAGAAUAGACAGCAAUUUUCUAGUGCGCACGUCGUUCGAAGUCUGUGUUCCUGUUUACUGCGAACAAGCAUUUCAGAAAAACUCCGUAUUUAGAUAUUUCAGAAAUGUCCAGUGCCGAAGAAGCCGCGGACAUUAAAGGUGGACAUCCUCCAGCAGUGAAAGCCGGUGGUAUGAGGAUAACACAAAGCAAACAUGCACAUCCUGAAAAACCCGAAAAACUAACGAAGGAAGAAGAAGAAGAAUAUGCUGAACCCACUAGUCCUCCUAAAACAACUGUGGUUAUUUCUGGUGUAGUAAGCAAAGGUGAUAGAGACUUUCCACCAGAGGCAGUGAAAGUGAUGCACGAGAAGCCUAUUCCAAAGCAUGACAACCGCAAUCCACAAAGCAAACAUAGUAUGCCAAUACAACAACCACGUAAAUAGAUGACACAAUUUAUCCAUAGUUCCACAUGCAACUGUUCUUUCACAUAUAUAUAGUGCCGGAAAAUCAGGUUGCAAAACUAUUAUUAAGAAAACUAUUAUUUUCCUCAAUUUUUACGAUAUGGGAUUCCAUUAUCUUCCUUCAUUGAGCAUUGUGGUACACUAAAAUGAAAUAAAGUACCAACACAUCACCAUCACCCUUUUUUUCGUGAAGGCUUUCGGCAGGCGAUGUGUUAAUGAGAAAUAAAAUGAUAAAACAUGGCAGGUUCAUUUAUUAUUAUUGUACAUGUAUCUGUUAUUAAUUCAGUUCGAAUUAAAUUGUUUUAUUUCAAAGUGGAAUAAUUAA